AUGAAUAAUAGUAAUAUUAGCAGCAGAGCCAACCCAGGGCAGCGCACUCGGAACAACACAUCAGGCCCCAACCGUGACGGCAGAGACUUCAUUGACCGACUCCUCGACUUCUUCCACGCACCCCCCAACCCACUCCCCGAAAGGCCCCGCAGCGUCUCUCCAACCUCAUCCGCAUCCGCCACCUCAGACCAUGAAAUCGCCGACAACCUCCUCUGCACCGCCGUAGAAAUAAAGUCCUCUUCUUAA